CUUACUCUUCCUAUCCUGUUCUUUGACCACUUGUCUUUUUCUAUAACACAGUGCUUGAGAUUAUGUAUCAAAAUCUGACCAGCUAAAACGUUUGUGCCAAAUGUGGAGCAGAAUAUUGACUCUUUACUUGAAGUCUGAGCCAGCAGCUCCUCCCAUCCAGCUAUAAAGAGCCCAGCUGACCUGUUGAUCCGUCCAUCCAGACGUAAGCCAAGACAAAAACGCCUGUGAAGGCUUGGACAGGAUUCUUGCAACCCCUUGCUGGUGGUUCUCAGCCGCACGUGGAAAUGCAGAUGCAGCCUGCCCGCCCGGUUUGUUUUCUGGGGCGACUCUGAAGCGGAUCAAGGAGGCGCGCCGGUAAUUUUUAACCAUGACUUUCGCCAUGCUGCGGCCCGUGGCGACGCACCUGAUCUACUCGGACUUCAUGGUUACCUCCGAGGACGACGAGAACCGCAGCGAGAGCGACGGCAGCUCGGAGCAGAGCUACUGCGGCUCGACGGAGAAGCGGAGGCGGAUUUCCCGCAAGCUGGAGGGAGACUCUGCGGUGGUGAUGAAGCAGCGGAGCGCGGCCAACGCCAGGGAGAGGGGCCGGACCCAGAGCGUCAACACGGCGUUCACGGCCCUCCGGACUCUCAUACCCACCGAGCCGGUGGACAGAAAGCUCUCCAAGAUAGAAACGCUCCGACUUGCGUCCAGCUACAUCUCCCACCUGGCCAACGUGCUUCUGAUCGGGGACGCCAGUGCGGAGGGACAGCCUUGCCUCGGCGCGGUCCAUGCGCAGGGCGAGAGCGCAGGCAAGCAGCCGCGCACCAUCUGCACCUUCUGUUUGAGCAACCAGAGGAGAGGGAUUAAAGAUGGAAAAGACUGUUUGAAAAUGCGAGGACUGGGUUCGCUGCGAGUGAGGCGCUGACUGCACACCAUCAGUGGACCGUUUGCAACCUGAAAACCCUCAAAGACUUUCUCAGGGAAGGAGCUGAAGCUGGUGCAACAAAGCGUGCUCACUCAUGCACUUGUACACACAUGCUGGAUCAAGAGGUGGCACCAAAGAAGAGACUAUUUAUACUUGACUAAGACAUCCAAGACUAUAAGACGUUCAAAGAUGCAGUGCAUUUAAUUUGAAACCUAAUGGUCUUGUUUUUUUGUUUUGUUUUUCAUCUGGAAGAUGUUUUAAAUAAAAUAUAUUUUAUCAAAAUAAAAUGCAUUUUUACUGUCUAAUUGCAGGUUUUUGGUGACGACGGAUGUCUCACAAUCUUUUAUGUUAUUUUGGCCUUGACAUGGUCAUCUAAAGUGCAUGAAAAUGGGCAUUUAGUGCAACUGGGAAUCUGCUUUUGUUUAGCAAAAAUCCCCAAAAACGUUCAGAGAACAAACAUUUUCAAAGCACUGUUCAUUUUGGAUGAAUAUUAAAUGUAUUCUGCAUCUCCCAAACCUUCGUGUUUCCAUGGUUUCAGCCAACAUGUUGUUGGGAAACCGCCGGAGCUUACAGCAAAAGGCUCAGGGUUUCUGGUGUCACCGGCUGCUGUUUUGUUCACCCACCCCACCUUCAAAUCUCACCAUUCAGUGUUUUUUUUUAAAGUCUGUUUCCGAUUAGUCACGGCAAAUAGUAGCCCACACUCUGCUCGGAGCCCCAACACAGCUGUUGGUGUGUCAGAGGGAUAAAUCACCGCUGUGGGCCCGCUGGACAAGACGAGAUGGGGUGAGAGGUGAGAGGUCCCAGCUCUGAAGUGAAGUGAAAUGUAAUGAUGGCAAAUGACGCAGUUAGACUUGUCCCUUUUUCAUCUCUUCUUGUUAGUGUUUUAGUUCAAGUUGUCAGGAAAAGAUAAAAAAUUGAGCCUGAUGUGUUUUAGAUUUGUUUGUUUUUUUUCCCUGACACAGAAGUCCCCAAAACAUCCAUGUCAAAACCAACAACUUCCACUUGAAGACAGCGUAAGCAGCCCCGUCUCUUUUGGCUUGUUUCUGCUUUCUCUGCAUCCUCAAAGGUAAUCUACCGUGCAAACUAUAGCUCAAACGCCCGGACAACCGAGCCAGAGUUCCUGUCUGGCAUCACUUAGAGUGAGUCUGCAGAUUUGGAUGAUGCAGACUCCCCGGUGGCUCAGUAGGCUGAAAGGAAAGGUAAUUUUCAGGCAGGUAAAGGUGCAGGCUUCCUUCCGGCUCCAUCUCCAAACCUGUCCCCGUCGGGAUAAGUCAAAUCCGUCCUCCAUGUUCGGAGGCCGAGGCCUCCCCUAACGGCUCCCAGAGGCUCCCCCAGGCAGGAAGAUGUCACGUAGGCAGAUGAAGCGGGAAAAUAGUGCACAGCCGGCCUCUCCGAGGAACUCUCUGUGCGGUGGGCUUUGGGUCAUCGCCAGUCCUGACAUCAUCCGGCACUGGGACCCAGAUGUACAGCAGAGCAAGCAAACCCAGCAGUGAGUCUUGAACAAUAUCUGAAAGCGGUUUCUCCUUCUUUUAAAAAAAAAAAAAAACUAGUUGGCAGGUAUGAAAUUGAUGGGAGAGACUGCAAAAGAGAUAAGUUGUAGCAAAGACAGAAAUACUGCAGACAUGAUGAGUUUGGGUCUGGUUAACAUGUCCGACAAGCGAGGGCCUAGAGGACCCGUCUGGGAACUCAAGUUUACCUCAUUGCUUUGCUCAGUUUCUCCUCUUCCGCUGAUGCUCGGCUCUUUUAAGCCCCCAAACAGACUUUGAUUUUCUUGUUGUUGUUGGAAAGGUUUCUGCAGACAUGAAAUUAAUGUGCUCUGCCAGUUUGGGCUGAAAAACGACCAGAAUGUUUGGAUAUUUAUAGCUGCUGCAUUUUGUGAAGGAAAGACAACAUGAGGAAAACAUGGAUUAUUUCUUCCUAUUCGGGGCUCUGUCU